AUGCUGUGUGGGCUCAACCGGGAGACCCCUGAAGAGGCCGACGAUGGGCCUUACUCCAAAGGAGGCAAGGAUGCAGGAGGCGCCGACGUGGCCCUGGCUUGCCGCAGACAGAGCAUUCCAGAGGAGUUCCGAGGGGUCACCGUGGUGGAGCUGAUCAAGAAAGAAGGCAGCACGCUGGGCCUGACCAUCUCCGGUGGCACCGACAAGGAUGGGAAGCCCAGGGUCUCCAACCUGAGGCCCGGGGGGCUGGCGGCCAGGAGUGACCUGCUGAACGUGGGCGACUACAUUCGGUCAGUGAACGGGAUCCACCUGACCAGGCUCCGCCAUGAUGAGAUCAUCACCCUGCUCAAGAACGUGGGCGAGCGCGUGGUGCUGGAGGUGGAGUAUGAGCUGCCCCCGCCCGCCCCUGAGAACAACCCAGGGAUCAUGUCAAAGACAGUGGACGUCUCACUCUACAAGGAGGCCAAUAGCUUUGGCUUUGUCCUGAGAGGAGGGGCCCAUGAAGACGGCCACAGGUGUCGCCCACUUGUCCUGACGUAUGUGCGACCUGGGGGUCCUGCCGACAGGGAGGGCUCUCUGAAGGUGGGCGACAGGCUGCUGAGCGUGGACGGGAUCCCCCUGCACGGGGCCAGCCUCGCCGCGGCCCUGGCCACUCUGCGGCAGUGCAGCCACGAGGCCCUCUUCCAGGUGGAGUAUGACGUGGCCAUUCCAGAUACCGUGGCCAAUGCUUCGGGGCCCCUGAUAGUGGAGAUCACCAAGACGCCGGGGUCCGCCCUGGGAAUCUCGCUCAUCGCUGGCUCCCACCGGAACAAGCCAGUCAUCACCAUCGACCGCAUCAAGCCGGCCAGCGUGGUGGACAGGAGUGGAGCGCUGCACGCUGGAGACCACAUCCUGUCCAUCGACGGCACCAGCACGGAGCACUGCUCGUUGCUCGAGGCCACCAAGCUGCUGGCCAGUGUGUCAGAGAAAGUGCAACUGGAGAUCCUGCCUGCGCCCCAAAGUCGGCGGCCCCUGAAGCCCUCAGAGGCAGUGAAGGUGCAGAGAAGUGAGCAACCACAUCGCUGGGCCCCCUGUGUGCCCUCCUGCCACAGCCCCCGGCCCGGCCACUACAGGACGACACCCACCUGGUCCACACCGGCCGGCCAAGACCAGAGCCGAUCCUUAUCCUCGACUCCGUUUUCCUCGCCGGUCAUGAACCACACCUUGCCCUGCACCAACCCCAGCACCCUUCCCCGUGGAUCCCAGCCCAUGAGCCCCCGGACCACAAUGGGGCGGAGGAGGCAGCGAAGAAGGGAGCACAAGAGUUCAUUGUCUCUGGCCUCCAGCACCGUGGGGCCAGGCGGGCAGAUCGUGCACACAGAGACCACGGAGGUUGUGCUCUGCGGCGACCCCCUCAGCGGCUUCGGCCUCCAGCUCCAGGGCGGCAUCUUCGCCACCGAGACCCUGUCCUCCCCGCCCCUGGUGCGCUUCAUCGAGCCUGACAGCCCGGCCGAGAGGUGUGGGCUGCUGCAGGUGGGGGACCGCGUGCUGUCCAUCAACGGCAUCGCCACUGAGGACGGGACAAUGGAGGAGGCCAACCAGCUGCUGCGGGAUGCUGUGCUGGCCCACAAGGUCGUGCUGGAGAUCGAGUUCGACGUGGCGGAGUCUGUCAUCCCGAGUAGCGGCACCUUCCACGUGAAGCUGCCUAAGAGGCGUGGUGUGGAGCUGGGCAUCACCAUCAGCUCGGCCAGCAGGAAGCGAGGGGAGCCGCUGACCAUCUCUGACAUCAAGAAAGGCAGUGUGGCACACAGGACUGGCACCCUCGAGCCAGGGGACAAGCUGCUGGCCAUCGACAAUAUCCGCCUGGACAACUGUGCCAUGGAGGACGCCGUGCAGAUCCUGCGGCAGUGUGAGGACCUGGUGAAGCUGAAGAUCCGGAAGGACGAGGACAACUCUGAUGAGCAGGAGACCACGGGCGCCAUCAGCUACACGGUGGAGCUGAAACGCUACGGGGGCCCCCUGGGCAUCACCAUCUCAGGCACGGAGGAGCCUUUUGACCCCAUUGUCAUCUCCGGCCUCACCAAGCGUGGUCUGGCUGAGAGGACUGGCGCUAUCCACGUUGGGGACCGUAUCUUGGCCAUCAACAGCGUUAGCCUCAAGGGCCGGCCACUGAGUGAGGCCAUCCACCUCCUGCAGGUGGCUGGUGAGACCGUCACACUGAAGAUCAAGAAGCAGCUAGACCGCCCACUCGCACCUCACAAGUCAGGCAGCUUCAGCGAGCCCAGUGAUGCGGAUGAGGACCCGCCAGAGGCACUCAAAGGAGGACAGCUGACGGCCCGGUUCUCGCCCGCUGUGCCGAGCGUGGACAGCGCCUUGGAGUCCUGGGACAGCUCGGCCACCGAGAGUGGCUUUGGGGGCCCAGGAUGCAGGCACCCCCUGUCUCCACCUGCCAGGUUCCUGAACCCCCAGGAGUGGCAGCCCAGCCGGCUGAGAAGCAGCCCCCCACCCACCGAGCCCCGGAGGACGAGCUACACCCCUGCCCCUGCUGACAAGAGCUUCCCCGAGGAGGAGGAAGAGGAGGAUUGGGAGCCACCAACUAGCCCAGCCCCCGGCCCUGCCCACAAGGAGGGCUUCUGGCGCGUGUUUGGGGAAGCCCUCGAAGACCUGGAGUCGUGUGGUCAGUCAGAGCUGCUGAGGGAACUGGAGGCAUCCAUCAUGACGGGCACCGUGCAGAGCAUGGCCCUCGAGGGCAGGCCUGGCCACCGGCCCUGGCGGAGGGGCCGGGAGGUACGCCCUUCCCCGGAGGAGAUGCAGGAGCUGCUUCUGCCAACACCCUUGGAGAUGCACAAGGUGACCCUGUACAAGGACCCCACGAGGAAUGACUUUGGUUUCAGCGUCUCAGACGGCCUCCUGGAGAAGGGUGUCUAUGUCCACACUGUGCGCCCCGAGGGGCCCGCCCAGCGUGGGGGCCUCCAGCCCUUCGACAGGGUCCUCCAGGUCAACCACGUUCGCACGCGGGACUUCGACUGCUGCCUGGCGGUGCCGCUCCUGGCCGAGGCGGGCGACGUGCUGCAGCUGGUCAUCAGCCGCAACCCGCUGGCACAGAGCAGCCGGACCCCGCGAGCACCCGGCCCCAGCAGCCCCCGGAUGCUCUGACGUCGGCGUGGUUGACACCGAAGGGGCACUCCAGCUGAUCCUGGCUCCCAGACCUGUAGCUGGGUUGGAAAAGUGGCCACCCACACGUCCAUCUGUCCAUCUCGCAGGCUCUAAGCCACGGACAGGACCUUGUCACUGUUCUCUGGUUCUGUGGAGCUGGCGUGCCAGGCAGUGAGGUCCCUGCCCCAAUUGGAGUGGCAUCUCCAGGUCUUUCUCCAUGUUGGGUCUCCAAGAUGCCCAGAGGUGCCUGGCCUAACAGGGACGGGCUGCUCAGCUGGGAGAAGAGGGGUCUGGAGGAGGCUCAGGUCCCUACUGAGCAUCCUCAGACAGGCGUCUGAUGUGGGGAAGCCUAGCUCAGCGUAGGGAGCGCUUUCUCCCAGUGGAGCUAUGGAGCUGGAAUGAGCUGCCACGGAGGAGUGAGCUCCGUUACAGCAGGUGAGCAAGCAGGGGCUGGGCACCCCGUGGGGUUGUUGCCUGUGGUGUGAGGCCUCCCAGUGAUGCCUCCACAUGUGCUCAGAGGGUUAGUUUCCUGGCAGGAGCAAUCGGGGUGAGGCUGGGGCCACUUCAGCGGGAGAAAUGAUCGCCAGGAAGGAUGCUGCCCGCGUGGGAGCCCACCUCCUCCUCCAGGAUCCUGGUGUUCGGGGCUUGCUGGUUCUGAGAGUCUCUGAGUCCCAGUGUCCCCACUUAGAAGGUUCUGAGCUGGGAUGUCUGGAAUCCAGGAAGCAUCAGCCCUUUGAUAUGAAAGUUGGUGAUUGUUUCAUUUUGGCGUCUCUGAUCCAAAGCUGCUGAGAUUUGAGGCCGGGGUACUGGGCGCCCUGGGCAGCUCAGUGUCGGCUUUGGGCUCUCAGCCCCUCCUGCUUCUUUUGUAGGACAUGUGGCCACUAACCCAUCUGCACAGGCCCCUCGGAGCCCAGGCUCCUCCAUGUGGAGGGAGUCAUUUUGGGAUAAAACUGGGGCUCCAUUCACCUGCCACUCAGUGAAGGUGGGAAGCCAUGGAAAUACGAUACAUAAG